AUGGAGAAUUUCGAUUCAGAAAAAGUUGAAAAACCGACUGCCGAAGUAUCGUCCGGUCAAAGUGAGGAAGACGACCUCUUUGCCGAAGUGGACAUCGACGGAUCCAACGAGAAUGACGACUUAACGGCGAAAUCAAGCAGUUUUCUACGGCAGUUAAACCAAUCCUUACAUACAAUGGUUGGCUCGAUCAUGGAAAAAUCGCUAAAACGUCUCCACGAAGACAAGACACCUCCGGCGAAACGAAAGAAACCUCGCCUGGCUACAGAGACAACUGGACCUGAGGAAGUAGAAGAAAACCAGAGCAGCGACGAAGAUACACGGGCACUUUGUGGCCCAUCAAAUGCCGACUCGGCAGAAAGCUCUCAAACCACAAACGCUCGACUCGAGCAAGACACUGACAAUUGCAAUGACUCAUUGCUGUGA